UAUUAAUUCAGCUACGACUAACACUUGCUACUACUUUUCUUUCAGGCCCCUUGUUUUCAAGGAGUUAUCAGGAUCAAAAUGAGCUGGGCAGGAGGAGAUUGGAUGUGUGCAGCAUGCCAACACCAGAAUUUUAAGAAGAGAGAAGCAUGCCAGCGCUGCGGCUAUCCCAAGUAUGGUGGCCCUGAUGCAUCAGGCUACUUAUACAACAGGACAGAAGUUCUGGCGGGGGACUGGUAUUGUCCUGCCAUGAGCUGUGGAAGUCACAACUAUGCUAGCAGAACGAACUGCCAUCAAUGUGGUACCAUGAAAAAUAAUUAUGGUGGUUAUAGUAUGAUGGGCGCUGAAUCGAGUGUCCCUCCUGGAUGGAAAACUGGUGACUGGAUGUGCACCAAAUAUGGGUGUGGAGUUCACAAUUAUGCUAGCAGGAUGGAAUGCUUCAAAUGCAAGACCCCAAGGGAUUUUGGUAGUGCUUAG